AUGGAAAUGGAAGUUAUGAUCCCUGCGAACGGCAUGGAUUUUGAUUUUAACAGUCCAAAUGUUAGUUUACCUUCUACGCCCAAGCGUAUUGGGGAAUUCUACUGCAGUGCUCCAACAAGUCCGACGCAUUUGGCUCAGUUAUAUCGUGAUUUUGAUAAUUUCUUGUUCAGCGGCGGCGGAGACUCGUCGGAGGCAAAACAUGGAAUUGACUGUCUCGAGCUUCCUCUCAUUCAGCACAAGCAGUUGCCUGAUUAUGAUAGACUUCCUUCUGUAUUGAGUGACACUGCAUUUGACUGGAUUGUCAUAACUUCACCUGAAGCUGGUCUGGUUUUUCUUGAUGCUUGGAAAGCUGCUGGAUCUCCAAAAGUUAAGGUUGGAGUGGUGGGAGCUGGUACAGCAAGUGUAUUUACUGAAGUUUCGCGGUCCUCAAAGCAAUAUCUCGAUGUUUCCUUUGCACCAUCUAAAGCAACUGGUAAGGUUCUUGCUUCAGAGCUUCCAAAGCAAGAGAAUAGAAGGUGCACUGUCUUAUAUCCUGCUUCAUCAAAAGCUAGUGGUGAGAUUGGUAUGUGCUACUAUAUGCCUGGUUUUUAA